GUGUUUUUUAAACUUUUUAUUUUUUUCAAUGACUCUUUAAAUACACAUGUAUCCACAAAGACAGAAGCCAGAAUCGGUAGUAAAGCGAAAAAAAGUCUACCUUUUGUAACGUACAUUGUAAUUAGUUUUAGUUUUAUAUACUAGCGAAUUUAUGGGAAGUGACUGUUGCUAGUGCCCUUACUCUCUGUCACGUUAGAUGCGCUCAACGUUUUGUGCAUGUGUAGGAUGUUACGCUCCACCAAAGUUCUUUGAUAAUGAUACUCUCAGCAGUGUAUUUGGCUGAAGCAGAGACCGAAGUACGGGGAGAGCACGAAGUCAUUGACACAGAAAAAUGGCAGAGUGUGCGUGGACUCACAGUAGAGCUCUGUUCUGGCAUUGUAGAUCGAGAUGAACCUUUUGAGAAAAUUGCUCAGUCAGAAGUAUUGGAGGAAUGUGGUUAUGACAUUCCUGUAAAGUCCUUGAGGAGAGUUACAUCAUUUCGGAAUGGUGUGACUCUAAGUGGGGCAAUGGUCACUUUGUUCUAUGCUGAAGUCUCGGAUAGUCAGCGAGUCGGUCCUGGAGGAGGUCUGGCGCAAGAAGGGGAGCUCAUACAGGUGGUAGAGCUAUCUGUUUCGGAGUCCCGGAAACUUCUAUUUGACGAAAAUGUAAACCGAGAAGCUGGGUUGCUUUGUGCCUUGUACUGGUUUUUUCAACAUAUUUGGAGUGAAAGGACUAAGAAGGAAUAAUUUUGCCAAACUGUUAUAAUGUCUACAGAUGUUUUUAAAUUCAAGAGUUAGUUUGACUGUGCGUGUGAAUGCAAACGCAUGUAUUUAUAAGUGUGCAUAUAUAUAUUUGUGUGUGUGCGAGACAAGAGAAUGUGUUCAUGUUUGUGUAUGUGAUAGUGUGAGCGUAUGCUCAUUUAUGUUUUCAUAAUAUUUCAAUUAUGAAUAUUACAUGCGUUGUAAAUACAAAUACUUUGUCUUUCAAAUCA